GGCUGAGCUAUCUAUCCAUCAGUGUCGUAUGAACGAGAUGUGUACUCCGUAGAGUGAGGAAGAAUGAUACUUUGUGCGCGGGAAGAAUUCUCCGUGGCUGCGGCGGAAGAGGCUUCUUCCCAUUGGUGGCGCCAGCCAGGACACAGCUCCAUCCUGACCUCACCCAUCUCAGAUUAACCAACCUUCACAUAUUUAGACACAAACAAUAAAAACAACUACAACACCACUUGUCUGGUAGCCGGGAUCCUUGCCUACCAAUACCAAGCAGACUAUUCAGUCUGUCCUCCCUGGAUUCCACUAUUCGCCUGUAGCAUGUCUUUCCAGUCUAACGGCACACGGAACCGCGGCGAAGAAGAUGAGGUGUGUCCUGUGUGCAAGUCGUCACGGUACCUCAACCCGGAUAUGCGAUUUCUUAUUAACCCGGAAUGCUACCAUAAAAUGUGCGAGUCGUGCGUGGAUCGCAUCUUCUCGUCAGGCCCGGCCCCAUGUCCAGUUGCUGGAUGCCAUAAAACACUCAGGAAGAAUAGGUUUCGGAAACAGACGUUUGAGGAUAUUGGUGUAGAGAGGGAGGUUGAUAUAAGAAAAAGGGUCAUGCAAAUAUUGAACCGCCGCGAGGAUGAAUUCGACAGCAAGCUAGCCUACGACAACUUCCUUGAGCAGCGCGAAGACAUAAUAACCAAUUUGGUUUCCGGCAUCGAUGUGGUCAAAACGGAAGCCCAACUCUCCCAAUACGCCGCAGCAAACGCAAAAUCCAUCCGCCGUAACCAAACCCUCGAAUCCCAAGAAUCCGCUGCCUUCCUGAAAAACCAGUCCCUCGAACAAGAACAAAUACGACUACGCCGUGAAGCAGCCCGGCAAGACUAUGAUAAUGAAAGACGCGCCCUUCUCUCCGGACGAGAAGACAUCCUCACCCGUCUCGCAACAGGCAGCGUGGAAGAAGCAGAAGCUAUUGCAAAAGACGGCAGACAGAGCAUGCUCAAGAAAUCCUCCGCACGACGCAGCGAAGAGGACCGCCUGAAGCGCAAACAAGCAGCUCUCCUGGUCGACUCCAAACGCGCUCAGGCUCUAGCCGACGCAGCCGACAAAGGAACCGCGCCGGCCUUCGACUCCGACCUCGUCAAGGGCUUGCGGAGGAUCCAGACGCCCGAGCCAGAAAAGCCAUACGAUCCUUUUGGUGGAAUAAGGCUCGAUGGCCGUGACUAUUACCAGCUACAAGGCCAUUACCCCUCUACGUAUCUUGAUCCCAUCAAGGAUAAUGUCCAGAUGCUUGCUGGGGGGUAUAAUUUGGGAGAGUACUAUGCCCGCUCAUUGCUGGAGGCAUUUGCGGGGCUGGGAUGUUUCAUCGAUGAAGAAAUCGCCGCGAGAAAUGCUGCGACGAAUCCGUCACCGACGGGGCUCGCGGCAUCAGCUGCUGCAAGCACGCCCAUUCCCGUUGACGAGGAAAUGUUAUGACCACUACUUUGGUUUUUCUCGGCCACAGUUAUUACUUUUCAUGGGCAUUCUGGGUCAUCUUUGUGUGUUUAUUCCCCACUGACCUUGUCUCUUUUCUAUCUCUCUUCUUUUUUUGUUUAGCCUAGCAACAUUAUCACGCCAUAGCGACGGAGUUCAUGGAGUUCAUUGGCCUUAAUGGAAAAAUGGGAUUGGAUAAACAACAAACUGGGGGGUUUUUCUUCGUUAAAUAUCCAUGCAUUAAAACAGUUAGAAUUAACAGUUGGGAAGUUUUCCGUCCUUGGACCUAUAUCGAGUCGACUAUAUGCGCUGCACAAUUGAAUAGCACAAUAAUAAUAACCUCUGGUCAAAUCCUCAGCUAUAAAGUCUCAGCGUUAUCCAGAAAGUUUCAAUGCAAUCAUAGAGCAACGGGGAGACGCUGGAAGAAAAAUAUUACCAUUCGAAUAAAUCUGAAACGAAGCAAUGUAUAAAGCUCUCAGCCAAAAAAUAAAACGUAAUAAUUAACCCGUAAAACAUAGACAAUACGCCCCCGGCCCCUUACACGAGUCGAGCCUGCAUGCAACCAAAAACCCCAUGUGCUAAGUGAGAAAUGUACCAAGACAAAAAAGAGGAGAAUAACAGAAG